AUGGAAGAGGUGCGCGGGACAAUGUUUGCAUUCAUUGUUGACUUCUUACGAAGAUAUGAAAACUCAUUUGAGCACAGUAACUCUCAAAUGAUCUUACGGAUCAUCCAGAAAAAGCCGAUCACUCUUACAGAUGGAUUUUACAGCAUUGAAUCAGAAGGUCUUGACGAAAUAGCUACCAAUACCAUCAUUCGUGUCAAAAAAUGGGCUGUUAUAGCUUCAAUGAAUAAUCUAAAACUCAAAGUAAUUGACUAUGAAAUACUAGGGACCGAACCAAUGUCUGAGUUCCAAAUCAAGCCGCUAAAAUCAAGACAGGAAAUCAAAUCAUUAAUGGUACCAGCAUUUCGUGUACAAAUGAAAGGGAAGAUAAGGGAAAGGUCAAUGCAAGAAAUUGUUCAGCUUGCAAGAGAGUUUGAUGAAUAA